AUGCAAUUAACCCAGGAAGACGACUUCGUCAAGGGGGACUCAACGCCGACCACCGCAGCUCUCCAGUCCGACGGCAGCGCCGGUUCUCCGGCCAAAAUGUGCAGUGAAUGUUACGUGAAUCAGUCAUUUGUGAACGAUGAUGGAACCGUGAACAACCACAAACCACGCUCUUCUCCAGCACCAGCCCAGACCAACAGAAACAGCAGAAGCAGCAGCAGCGGGGUAAUCUUGGACAUCUCCACCCUUAAGAUGGAGCAGCUCGAGAGCGAGGUGCCUCCACUGCCGCCCCGCUUUCGCUUCAGAGACCUGCUGCUCGGGGACCAGGGCUUCCCGAACGAUGACAGGGUGCAGGUCGAGUUUUACGUGAAUGAAAACACCUUCAAGGAGCGCCUGAAGCUUUUCUUUAUCAAAAACCAAAGAUCAAGCCUCAGGAUCCGUGUGUUCAACUUCUGCCUGAAGCUGCUCACCUGUCUGCUGUACAUCAUCCGAGUGAUGACGGAUAACCCCGUUCAGAGCACCGCCGCCUCCCACAGCACCGGACAGCAAAACGCUCCCAGUGGCAACAACAAAUGUGUCGACUGCCUGUGGAACGGAUCAGUGCAGGACAGAGAAAUAAACUGGGGGUUGAUCUUCUGGGUGGAUAGGAAGGUUCCUGUCUGGGCCAUUCAAGUGAUUGUGGCCAUCAUUAGUUUCCUGGAGACUAUGUUGCUCAUGUAUCUGAGCUACAAGGGGAACAUUUGGGAGCAGAUUUUCCAGGUGUCUUUUCUUCUGGAGAUGAUCAACACUGUUCCCUUCAUCAUUACGAUCUUCUGGCCCUCAAUAAGGAACAUCUUCAUUCCUGUGUUUCUCAACUGCUGGCUGGCUAAAUGCGCUCUGGAGAACAUGAUCAAUGAUGUGCACAGAGCCAUCCAGAGGACCAACUCAGCCAUGUUCAACCAAGUCCUCAUUCUCAUCUGCACCCUGCUCUGCCUCGUCUUCACUGGCACAUGUGGGAUUCAGCACCUGGAGCGAGCAGGCAAGAACCUUUCCCUCUUCAAUUCCUUCUACUUCUGCAUCGUCACUUUUUCCACCGUGGGCUUCGGAGACGUGACUCCUCGCAUAUGGCCGUCCCAGCUGCUGGUAGUCAUCAUGAUCUGUGUGGCUCUGGUGGUGCUGCCUCUGCAGUUUGAGGAGCUCAUCUACCUGUGGAUGGAGAGACAAAAGUCUGGAGGGAAUUACAGCCGCCACAGAGCCCAGACAGAGAAACAUGUAGUGCUGUGUGUCAGCUCACUCAAAAUAGACCUGCUCAUGGAUUUCCUCAAUGAAUUCUACGCACAUCCCAGACUUCAGGAUUACUAUGUGGUGAUCCUGUGCCCGAGCGAAAUGGAUCUGCAGGUUCGAAGGGUGCUGCAGAUCCCCCUGUGGUCUCAAAGAGUCAUUUAUCUGCAAGGAUCUGUCCUCAAAGACCAGGAUCUGCUGAGAGCAAAGAUGGAUGAUGCAGAGGCCUGCUUUAUCCUGAGCAGUCGUAACGAGGUGGAUCGCAUGGCUGCGGACCAUCAGACCAUCCUGAGAGCUUGGGCAGUGAAGGACUUCGCUCCAAACUGUCCUCUUUACGUCCAGAUACUCAAACCUGAAAAUAAGUUUCAUGUUAAAUUUGCAGAUCAUGUCGUGUGCGAGGAGGAGUUCAAGUACGCCAUGUUGGCUCUCAACUGCGUGUGUCCUGCCACCUCCACCUUGGUCACGCUCCUCGUACACACCUCCCGUGGACGAGAGGGACAGCAGUCUCCGGAGCAGUGGCAGAGGAUGUAUGGAUGUUGCUCUGGCAACGAGGUCUACCACAUCCGACUGUGUGACAGCAAGUUCUUUGGAGAGUAUAAUGGCAAAAGCUUCACAUACGCCUCCUUUCAUGCUCACAAGAAGUACGGCGUGUGUCUGAUCGGCAUAAAGAGGGAGGACAACAAGAGCAUCCUGCUGAACCCUGGUCCACGUCACAUCAUGGCCUCCUCAGACACCUGCUACUACAUCAACAUCACCAAGGAGGAGAACUCAGCCUUCAUCUUCAACCAGGAGGAGAGGAAGGGCCGUCCUGUCGGGGGGCUCCUGGACGGACCCUGUCAGCUUCCUGUGCACAGCAUCAUCGCCAGCAUGGGCACUGUUGCCAUGGAUCUUCAGAAUACGAGUCCACCUGACUCCUCAGGUGGUAAGCUGAUCCCUCCUACAGUAAAUGGAACAGGAGGCCGCCGGCCGAGCAUCGCUCCGGUCCAGGAAAUCGCCGACUCUGCCUCGAUCCUGCCGUGUGACCUGCUUAGUGACCAAUCGGAAGAUGACUCUGUCUUCACAGAUGAGAAAGGCCACCCAUCUACUGAGUAUGUGAAAGGUUAUCCCCCUAACUCUCCGUACAUUGGGAGCUCGCCCACUUUGUGCCAUCUGUUGGCUGAAAAAGCCCCGUUUUGCUGCCUACGACUGGACCAGGGGUGCAGGCACAACAGCUUUGAGGAUGCCAAGGCUUACGGUUUUAAAAACAAGCUCAUCAUUGUGUCGGCUGAGACAGCAGGGAAUGGUCUCUAUAACUUCAUAGUGCCUCUAAGAGCUUAUUACAGACCCAGGAAAGAGCUCAACCCUAUUGUCUUGCUGCUGGAUAACCCGUGA